GCCAGCCAUGAUACCUAAAUUCAGCGAGUUAGACUAUCGAGAACGGAAUUUUUUGUAUAGACAAUAGACAGACCGAGAGAAGACCAAGCUUUGUGUGGACUCAGGCGCCCGAGACGACCGAAACCCAACCAAGCGAGCCGCUCUAUCUUCCCGAGCGAUAUUAAUACGAAGGGGAUUCAAUUUUAUUGUAUAUCCAGCCACUGAGCGGGUUCGAGAUUUGCUAAGCCCUUCAUCCGGUCUCGGCAUUAUCAUAGGCACAAACUUAUCUCAUCGUCGACCCAAACCAUGCCACGACGAUGGACAUCGAGAAUUGGCUCGUCCAAGGAGACAUCUUCAUCGGCCCCAUCAGCCCCUGAGGAGUUGCCAUCGACCUUCACAGAUGGCCUGACACUACCCACGCUAUUUGUAUUCGAUCUCGAUUAUACUUUAUGGCCGUUCUGGGUCGAUACGCAUGUGACGCCGCCUCUGAAAGCUGUGGAGGACGGAACGAAAGCGAAGGAUAGGUUGGGAGAGCAAUUCGCGUUUUAUGAUCAAGUGUCAGAUAUUCUGGUCGGACUCCGACAAAGCGGCAUCAAAAUUGCCGCGGCCUCACGGUCUCAAGCCCCCGAACUGGCACGAGAAAUGCUAAGACUGCUCCGCAUCUCGCCUGACGGCCUCCCGUCCGAGAAAUCCAUCGACUUCUUUGACGACCUGCAAAUCUACUCCGCCAGCAAGACCACGCAUUUCCAGAAAAUCCACGAGCGGACGGGCAUCCCCUACGACGAGAUGCUGUUCUUCGACGACGAGAUGAGGAAUCGGGACGUGGAAACGCUGGGCGCCAUCAUGUAUUUGGUGCGGGACGGGGUGACGAGGGAGGAGGUGGACAAUGGGGUGUGGAGUUGGAGGAAACGGACGAAGGGGGAUAGAGAGAAGCGAGUUCAGGAACCUUGAGUUGGGGAGUUAAGGGGUAUGUCGGCAUGCCUUUUCUUCGGUAUACUAUGUUAUGCCAUUUAAGGUUUAUGCAUGAUUGAUCGUAAUAGCUGGCAAACAAUAUGAGGUGUAUCGAUACACCCGAUGUCGCUGAUCUGAUUCCCUAGAUUUAGGAAUGCUCGGAACAUCUGUUGCAUGACCUGAGGGCUAGGCGUGAGGUAGUCGCAACCUGUACCAUUGCAUAUCUAUUUGUCGAGUAUAGAG